AUGGAUUCGUCCCCCCCAGAACCCGGGGCCCCCCCUGACCCUCUGCAGCUCUGGCAGGAGGAGAACCAGACCCAAGGCGGGCUCUGGAACGGCAGCCAGGAGCUGGGGUGGGAAGAGCUGGAGAAGAUGCUCUUCCUCUUUGCAAAGGAGCCUGUCACCAUCAGCCUCACGGUGAUGUACUUGCUGUCCUUUGUGGUGGGCUUCGUGGGCAACAUCAUGUCCAUCAGGGUGCUGACCCGCAAGCGCCGGAGCCGCGCGUCCAGCCUGAGCGCCACCCGCAGCCUCCUCAUCAACCUGGCAGUGUGUGACCUCAUGGUGGUGUGCAUCUGCAUGCCCAUCACCGUGGGCAACCUCAUCUACAAAGCCUGGGUGUACGGGGACUUCCUCUGCCGGGCAGUGCCCUUCAUCCAGGCCGUUUCUGUGUCCGCCAGCGUCCUCAGCCUGACGGUCAUCAGCGUGAACCGGUACUACAGCGUGCACAACCCGCUCAACGCCCGCUCCUUCUUCACCCAGAAGAGGAUCCUCAGCACCAUCCUGGUGGUGUGGUUGCUGUCCUCAGGGAUAUGCAUGCCCCUCAUCUUCAUGAACAAACGGGAUGAGAUCGGGGUGGUGGAGGGCUUGCCCCUGGUGUUUUCCAUCUGCAGGGAGAUCUGGCCUCAGGAGAGGCUCAAGCAAGCCUACAACUUUCUGCUCUUCUGUGCCCUGUACUGCCUGCCCGUCCUGUUCAACAUGGUGAUCUGCUUCCUGACGGUGAGGCGCCUGUGGAGCCGCAGCAGCCAGCUGAAGGAGAGCUCUGCCCUGAACCGGUCCCUGCCGGCCUCCAGGCUGAAGAUCCGCAGGAAGGUGGCACAGAUGGUGGUGGCCCUGGUGCUGCUCUUCGCCAUCUCUUGGCUGCCCGUCUACCUGAUGGACAUCUGGAUUGAUUUCAACAUCCCCAAGUCUCUGCAGGAUGUGACUCCUUCUCCUUGGAUCCUGCAGCUCAGGCCUUUUGCCCAGUGGCUCGGCCUCACCAAUUCCAGUCUCAACCCGAUAUGUUAUUGCUUUGUUGGGAACCUCUACAGAUCAGCCAAGGAAAUGAAGAGCAAAUACCACCAAAGGAUGAUCUCUCUCUUUAACUUCUCUCUGUCUGAAGGGACAACUCAUUCCUCAGUCCCAGAGCUGCUCUCUUACCGGAGUUCAGUGGAGCCUGCAAGGAAAGGACCCUCCAGCACCCCCUCCAUGGACAGGAGAUGUCAGGGAAGUCAUGGCCAUAAGAACAAGUUUGGACACUUGAACUCCUGCCAGCAUCCACCUCUGAAUACUGUCUCCAGUGAGAACACUUCCUUGUAAUUCUGCUCAGGAAGUGCCACUCAUGCCCUCAUCUGCAUUCCAGGACUCUGGAGAUCUUUCUGAACCCGGUAUUUUAAUGAUGGAAAAGAGCUUUCUUCUAAUAACUCUUGAUACCAUUUCAAAAAUGCUGUGACAGGGAAACAAACAGGUAAUGAGAUAAAAAGAUGAUGUAUUUUAACUCAGAUGAAAUUUUAAGACAAAUUAUUUUUACUGGGGACAACUGGAUGUGCAGCCCGUUGCCCAGUCAACAGUCACAUAAUUAGGCAGAUCAAGUUCCCAACGAGUGAGCUCUCCCUGCAGCUCCAUCCCUGGAUGCAGAGAUGCUGUUUGGGUACAGCAACGAUUUGACUGCUUGCUGCUGCUCACACUUGCUGAUGAAGAGCAGU